AUGGAUGAUAAAAAGAGGAAAAAACUCUCGAGUCCUAAAAUUUUAAAAAGCACAAAGGAGGAAAGGAUCUUAAAAAAACACGAUGAAACAAAAUUAAAAUGGGAGAGGCAAAAUAAAAUAUUAAAAGAUAAAACGAAGAAGAAAGAAACGUUAGGGGAACAGGCAGAAAAAUAUAGGACAAAAAAUGAAAUAAACAACAUUGUUGAAUAUAUAAAUCAAGAAGAGAAAAAAAAAGUUAACUGGACAGAAAACCUGAGAUAUGAAACCCAAAAAAUAAAAUUCAAAGAGACAAUAAAUAAAAUGAACUUAAAAGAUAAUAAGAUGUCUUAUGAAAGUAAAAGAAUAUUUAAUAAAGUAUUCGAAAAAGAAAUAUCAUACAACAAAAAAAAAAAUACAUGUGCAAAUAAUAUUGAAGAUAUAAUAAAUGAUGAUGUAAAUUCUUUAAGUCCAUCAUAUAAAACAAAUAAACAAAGAAAAAAAGAAAAAUAUGAAAGUAUAUUAAUUCAUAAGAUAAAAAAUAAUGUGGAAUUUUUUUUAUCAAAUUUUGCUGUUCCUUUAGAUAGUCCUCUAUAUAUAAAAGGAGAGAAAAUUAAAAAUGAAGAAAGUGAUGAAACAUUAUUAUUAUCAGAAAAUGAAAUAAAAGACAUGAACAUAUGUGAACAUAAUAAUAAUAAUAAUAAUGAUGAUGAUAAUAAAUAUAGAUUGAAUAAAAACAAAUAUUUAAACAAUACAUGUAAUAAAAACCAAGUUAAUUAUCUUAAAAUAAAUUGUAAAUUUAUUGAAAUAAAUAAUUGUGGAAAGGAAAUGUAUAAUAAAUAUAUUAUUCUUCAAAAUUGUUCUUCAAGUGUAAUACUUUAUAAAAUCAUUUUUAAAAAAAAAAUAUUAUUAAAUGAUAACAAUAAUAAUAAUAGUAAUAGUAUAAAAUUAAAGGAUGGUUUAUAUUUUGAUGAAAAUAAAAAUUAUACUCUUUUUAUAUAUCCUAAUUCUGGUUAUAUAAAACCAAAUGGAAGCAAACAAAAAAUACUCCUAACAUUUUUAUUUGAUUAUAUUGUUAAUACAUUUGGAUGUAUAACUAUAAAAUAUUAUUGUAAUAAUAAUAUUUUUAAAGAACAUGUAUAUAUAUAUAUAAAUUCUUUUUUUACUAUUAAUCAUAUGGAUCAAAGAAAUUAUUUAAAAUAUAAUAAUCAAAAUGAUAAAUUGACAGAUCAACAUUCUUUAUAUCAUAAUCUAAUUCAUAAUCUACAAAGGAAUCAAAUAAAAAAUAUAACAAAUAGAAAAGAAGAAAAAUUUUAUAUUCAUAAUAAUAAAAAAAAAUAUAUAUAUGAAUCAAUAUAUAACAUAAUCAAUAAUAUAUAUCCAAUAAGAAUAAAACAAAUUUCUAAUAUAUUAAACUUUAUUAAUUCUACUUAUAAUAUAAAAAUUAAUUAUAUAAAUAUACAACCUUUUCUUGAAUUAUUAAGCAAAAUUAAAAAUUCUGCAUAUAUAAAAUUAAAUUAUUAUAUAAAAAAAAUGAUACGUCAAAAGGGAAACAUUAAAAGUAAUCUUAAUAAAUAUAAAACAUAUAAAUAUAAAACAUAUAAAUAUAAAACAUAUAAACAUAAAACAUAUAAAUAUAAAACAUAUAAACAUAAAAUAUGUAAAAAACAAAAUUAUAUGAACACUUAUAAAAUUCAUUAUCAAUAUAAACCACAUACACUAAAAAUUGUUCCUUUUUUUAAAAAGAAGAAGAACCAAUGUAAUAAUAUUAUACAACCUAAUAAAGAUAAAAAAGAAUAUAAUCAUAAUAUUUCUUUAGAUAAAAGACAUGCACAUAUAUUACAUUCCUCAGACGAUAAAGAAAAUAAAAAUAUUCAAUCCUUUUUUAAUUAUAUGAAAUGUAAAUUUCUUUCAUCACAUCAAAUAUAUACAAAUAAUGAUGAACCCAUACAAUUUUUCAUGUUCCACUUUUUUUUACAUGAAUAUUCUGACUUAUUAAAGAAAGGAAAUCUAAAUCAAUAUAUCCUAUCAAAUAAAUAUAAAAUAAAAAACUAUGAUAAUUCUGAAAAAAAAAAAUAUCAUGUAUAUAUAUCUAAUUAUAAUAUCACACAUUGGAAGCAUAUAAAUAAUUUAUAUCAACAGAUAUAUAACACAUUCAAUCAAAAUAAAGAACAUUCUUUGAAUGUUUUUAUAUAUAUCAUGCGAACAUAUAUAUGCCAGCUAAUAUUAUAUUAUAAAAAAAUCAACUCGUUUUCUUAUAAAUAUAAAAAUGAAAAUAAAAAUGAAAAUACUAUAACUGGUGUAGAAAAGGAGGAAAUGAUAGAAAAAAAAAUAAUUCCAGUGAAUAAUAUGGAAAAAAAUAUUUUACCUAAUAAUAAAGAAGAAAAAGAUGAAAAAAAAGAUGAGAAAAAAUAUGAGAAAAAAGAUGAAUUCAUAAAUUUUUUAAAUUAUACUAGUAAUAAAGUUUGUGUUGAUUUAUAUAACCCUUGUCUUAAAUAUUUAAAAGAAAAAAAAAAUUUUUUUUUUUUUAUUAAUUUUAUAUAUCUUCAGAAUAAAUUAUGUAUAUCACCUAUGUUUUAUUUUUUUUAUUAUAUUGAAUUAAUAAGAUAUGUAUACUCUUUGUUUAAAUGGAGGCUUGUAAAAGUAAACAGCAUUAAUAAUAUAAAUAAUAUAAAUAAUAUAUAUAAUAAUAAUAAUAACGUAAAAUUUGGUGAUCACCCGUGUUGUAAUAAAUCCGCUGUUGAUAUUUCAGGUAGCAAAAAUAUUUUCAUUCAUAUGGAUCAUAAACUUUUAAUCGAAAUUAUCAAUUAUAUUUAUGAAUUGUAUAUAUCCAAUAAACAUAAUGAUAAUGUCAAUUAUAUAAAGGAAUGUAUUAUAUAUUUAAUUUCUUCUAUUUUAAUAUAUGCACAGAAAAAUGUAAAAAAUAUGUAUAUUUUUAUUGACUAUAUAUUUAUUUAUAAUCAUCAUAAAAAAGAAAACAAAGAAAAUAUCAAUACACAAGAAAAAAAUAAUCCUUUGGAUGAUAUGAAAAUAUUUUAUGAGAAUAUUUUUUUAUUUUUUAUUUUUCCAUUUUUAAAAGAAUAUAUAGAUAACAUAGGAACACAUAUAUAUAAAUUACAUCUUAUAAAAAAUGAAGAAGACACACUUUUAUUUUUUAAAAAAAAAUUUAAUUAUAUAAAUUAUGAAGAGAAUUAUUCUAAUAUGUAUGAGGAUAAUAAGACAAUUGACACGAGUGGUGUUGAAACUAUAUGUCCUUUAAAUGAAAAUAUAAAAACCUUUGACAAAAUAAACAAAUAUAAUGAUAUAAAAAAUGGGGAAGACAGUAACAUUCCUUUCUUUUUUAAAAAUUUUAAAAAUCAGAAUGAUAAAAACAAUAAAAUAUUUAAUGAUGAUAAUAAAGAGGAGGAUGAGCAGGAGGAAGAGGAGGAGGGACAUAUAUUGUUUAUAUUUAAUAAAGAAGAAUUUAGUUAUAUUAUAUAUGAAAAUUAUUAUAUACAAUUAAAUGAAGCGAUAAAAGAAAAAUUAAAUAAGCUGAAAUGUUUAUAUAAAGUUGAAUCGAAGGAAGAAGAAAAAAAAAAUAAUAUAAAUAUGAAUACACAUAAAUAUAUAAAUAAUGUUCAAAGUAGUGUGGAGAGUGUUAUAGAAACUGAUAAUAUAUUUAAUAGUGAGGAGAAAAAUAAAAAAAUAAAAAAAAAAAAGAAGAAAAAUAAAAUUAAAAAUAAUAAAAAUAAUAAAAAUAAUAAAAAUGAUGAUAAUGAUAAAAAUGAUGAUAAUGAUAUUAAUGAUGAUAAUGAUAAUAAUGAUGAUAAUGAUAAUAAUGAUGAUAAUGAUAAUAUUAAAAAUUCAUCGAACAUAUCACAAUAUAACAAUCAAAAGAGAAAAAAAAGAAAAUCUAAAGAAUGUAAAGAAUUCAAAAAUAUAAAAGAAAAAUUUGUGAAUUUUCAUUUUAUAAAAUUAUUUGAUAUAUUAAAUAUAGAUACAUAUAUUAUAGAUGAUAAGAAUAUAUUAAAUAAUAUAAUAUCAAUGAAUAUUCCAAAAAAUAUAAAUAUACAAAUAGGUUUAUAUAUACAUAGAAUAAUAUAUUGUGUUCUUUAUAUUUUUAAUUUUAUAUCUGUGAAUCAUAUAAAUAUAUUAUAUAAUUAUUAUUAUCCUUAUUUAAAAUAUUUCUUAUUUGAUUCUUAUAUGGAAUAUAAUUCAAAUAAUAUUUAUAAAUUAUAUUAUUUUAUAAUUCAAUAUUUUUAUUUAUUACAAUAUAUGAAUCAAAAUAAUUUUUCUAUAUAUAUACCACUAUCUUCAAGUUUUGAUUUUUUUAAAUAUUUGAAAGAAAUAAAUAAAGACAAACAGAAUCAUUAUGAUAGUCAGAAGGAUAUAUGUAGCUUUAAAACGAUAGAACAUAUGAAGAAAGAAAAAAUGGAAGAUUCAUCGGUAGUUGAGAAAUUAUUUGUAUCUUCAAAGUGUGAAAAGAAAUCCUUUUUUUUAUCAUCUUUAUAUACAUCAUGUUAUUUUAAUUUCUUCAAAUUUAAUGAUAACAAAGAAGAAAUAUAUAAAGAUUUAUAUAAUUCACAUAUAUCACUAGAAAGAGAAGAAACAAGAUACAUAUGUAUCAUAUCUCCUAAUAUAAAGAAUAAUAUGUUAAGUAUUAUAAACAUGAGAAAAAUAAAAGAAUGGUUGAAAUUAUUAAACUUAUUAAUUUUUUUAAAAAUAAAAGAUGUGUAUAUAUCUGGAGAAUUGUUUUCUUUAUUUCUUUUCUUUUUAUAUGAUGGUAAUAUUAUAAGAGGUGAAAUGUGUGAAUCUCAAAAAAAAAAUAAUAAUAAAAAUAAAAAUAAUAUAUAUAUAAAGUUUGAUAAUAAUUAUAAUAUGCAAAGAGAAAAGAAAAAAGGAAACCCUAAAGAUUUACAAAAUAAAAGAAACAAAAACAUUCAUAAUAAUAAUAUUAUAAAUAUGUUAAAUAUGGAACAUAUGGAUGAAUCAAAACAUUUUAUAAAAAAUAAUCAUCAUCUUAUUAAUAUGAAGAAUUAUUUAAAUUUCCAAUUUUGUGAAUUAUCUUCUCUAUCUGAAAAUGUCAUAUUAUUAUUAAAGUUUUCUUUGUUUAAUAUUUUUAAUUUAUAUGACAAAUAUAAAAUAAAUAUACACUUUCCAAAAGAUUUAAUUAUAAAAAUAAAUAAAACACAAUGUAAUGACCUUACAUUUGAUUCUUCUUUAUAUUCAUCAUCUAUUUCUUUUUCUGAUCAUAUUAUAUUAUAUGGUCUAUUACCACAUAAAGAUUAUAAAAGUAUGAUAUUAUUUUCUAAGAAAAACUUUUAUAACAAAUAUAAAAAUAAAUUAAAGAAAAUAAAAUUGUAUCCAAUGAAUACACUAGUAAAUGAUUUUAUUAAAACAAACAAACAAAAUGAUAACCAUCAUCCUCAUCAUUAUAAAGAUGAUGACGAUGAUGAUAAUCUUAAUGAUAAUGAAGAAAAAAGAAUAUAUUAUUAUCAUACAGAUAAUAUAAUAAAUACUUCUCCAAAUAAUAUUAAGAAAAUGUCUAUUAUUAAUAUAGGAAGUCUCACACUUUAUCAUAUAUUAAAAAAUAUAAAUGAAAAAAAUAAAAUCUUAUGGCUAUGUGGAUCCCUAGAAAAAAAUAUAAAAGAAAAUUAUAAAAAUAGUAUACAUAUAUUUCAAUCAAUUUAUAAUAAAAAACAAAAUCAAAACACUUUAAAUCAAAACACUUUAAAUCAAAACACUUUAAAUCCAAACAUUCAUUGCAACAAAUUAUAUUUUAAUAAUUUUAUAAUCUUAAACAAACAAAUAUAUUGGUUAUAUUACAAUGAGCUAAGUAAAAAUAUAUAUAUACCUUUUAUAUAUAAAACAUAUAAAAUCUUGUUACAAAUUUUUGAUAGAAAAAUUUCAAAACACGACAUCAUAUCUUACAUAUAA